GCCCUAGCCCCUGCAGCGGACUGCGGUGCUCAUCAGACCUGAGCAGUUGCUCCGGCGGCGCUCGGGGAGGGAGCGAGCCUGGGGCCCAGGGCCGGGCCACCAUGGCGCUGCCUCCAGGCCCAGCCACCCUCCUGCACGCACUGCUGCUCCUGCCAGCCCUUCUGAGCUCAGGUUGGGGGGAGUUGGCGCCACAAAUAGAUGGUCAGACCUGGGCUGAGCGGGCACUUCGGGAGAAUGAACGCCACGCCUUCACCUGCCGGGUGGCAGGGGGGCCUGGCACCCCCAGACUGGCCUGGUAUCUGGAUGGACAACUGCAAGAGGCCAGCACCUCAAGAUUGCUGAGUGUGGGUGGAGAGGCCUUCUCUGGAGGCACCAGCACCUUCACUGUCACUGCCCAGCGGGCCCAGCAUGAGCUCAACUGCUCCCUGCAGGACCCCAGCAGUGGCCGGUCAGCCAACGCCUCCGUCAUCCUCAAUGUACAAUUCAAGCCAGAGAUUGCCCAAGUCGGCGCCAAGUACCAGGAAGCUCAGGGCCCAGGCCUCCUGGUUGUCCUGUUUGCCCUGGUUCGUGCCAACCCACCUGCCAAUGUCACCUGGAUCGACCAGGAUGGGCCAGUGACUGUCAACACCUCUGACUUCCUGGUGCUGGAUGCACAGAACUACCCCUGGCUCACCAACCACACAGUGCAGCUGCAGCUCCGCAGCCUGGCGCACAACCUCUCGGUGGUGGCCACCAAUGACGUGGGUGUCACCAGUGCCUCGCUUCCAGCCCCAGGGCUCCUGGCUACCCGGGUGGAAGUGCCACUGGUGGGCAUUGUUGUGGCUGCUGGGCUUGCCCUGGGCACCCUUGUGGGGUUCAGCACUUUGGUGGCCUGCCUGGUCUGCAGGAAAGAGAAGAAGACCAAAGGCCCCUCCCGGCGCCCAUCUCUGAUAUCAAGUGACUCCAACAACCUAAAACUGAACAAUGUGCGCCUACCACGGGAGAACAUGUCCCUCCCGUCUAACCUUCAGCUCAAUGACCUUACUCCAGAUUCCAGAGCAGUGAAGCCAGCAGACCGACAGAUGGCUCAGAACAACAGCCGGCCAGAGCUUCUGGACCCGGAGCCUGGUGGCCUCCUUACCAGCCGAGGGAGCUCUUUGGCCAGGGGUGUUCAGAUGUCAUCCAGCAUCCACGUGUGGCAUGGCCUGCUGUAUGCCCCACAAGGGCCCUGCAUGGAUUUUCCUCCUUCCUAUGCUAUGUACCCUCAGCUUGUCUCCUCCACCAUGGGACCCCAUCCCUGACCAACCCCUGGUUGCACCAUCAGCAGGAAGCUGCCCUUCCUGGAAGAUGGUCACCACAGGCACAUAAUUCAACAGUGCCGGAAGCUUUAGGGGGAUAUGGAGAAAGGAGGAGACCACAUACCCCAAAACGACCUAAGAACACUUUAAAACACAACAUGUAUGUAAAUGAUUGGAAAUUAAUAUAGUACAGAAUAUAUUUUUCCCUCAUUGAGAUAUUCUUUUGUAAUGUUUUUCAUGUUACUGCCUAGGACAGUGCUGAGCACACAGUAAGUUUAAUAAACUUGACUGAAUGAA